GUCCACCUGUUAUUGUUCCUAGCGUUGUGAUUGGUCAUCAGAAACUCUGUGACGUUUCUUUCAAAGAAAGCACAAAAAGAGCUGUGAGAUUGAGACUGAGAGAUCAUCGAAAGCAAAGCCAUGGACGCCAUUGAUUCCGUCGUCGAUCCUCUCAGAGACUUCGCUAAGGAUAGCAUUCGUCUCGUUAAGCGUUGUCACAAACCAGAUCGCAAAGAAUUCACGAAAGUUGCUGUUCGUACAGCGAUUGGGUUCGUUGUGAUGGGAUUCGUGGGCUUCUUUGUGAAGCUCAUCUUUAUUCCGAUCAACAACAUCAUCGUCGGUGCCACUUAGGGAGCAAAGAACAAAAUGGGAGAAAGGCAAAAACUAGUUUUGAGAAAUAAAAGCUAGAGCUUUGCUGUUUUCAACAAUUCGCACGUUAUGUUUAUGUAAUCGUAUUCAUUUGUUUCUUUCUCUCUUUUUUUUCUUUUCAUUUUGUUCACGACUGAAAAACUUGACUCAUCUUGAAUGUAGAUCAAACUAAUUUAGAAACU